UGAGUUUAUGUCAUUUUAGCGUCAAUAAACUGCAUCAAAAUUGGUUACUAGAAGCUACAUACAAAUUCCAAUACUUAAUGAGGAGGCGAGUGAGCGAAAAUAUUGGUUGGUAUAAAGUUUACAACUGGAACCUUUUAAAUGAACAUGGAUGCUAGAUAGAACCCAGCCAUCGCUUUCUGUGUGGUCGUCAAUGGCAACACGGACGCGAGUUGACAGCACGGUCGAGCAUGGGAAUUCGGCCACGAAUUAGGUGUUAAAGUUCAAUUUUUGGCCAUUGUUUGAGGCGAAAUGGCACCCAAGGCAGCUAAAAAAGGCGCAGCGGCCAAGAAGACCGCCGCUGCUCAGGGGGGCGACGUCCAAACUUGGGAGAGUGGUCUCGCCAAUGCACCUUUUGACGAGGAGAACUGGAAAGCAUGCGUGUGCCUGGUGGUGGGUCAGGGUCCGAAAGACGAAGAGCUGAUCCGGUUCCUUGCCCGGGCUGUCCAGCUACCACAACGCAAGCUUUUCACUUCGCUCACCAGGGAGGAGACCGAAGCCAAAAUUCGCGAAUACGGUAAUCCCAAGGUGAAAAAGCGUGACGCUUUUCCUCAGUACUACGAGGUGACCGAGCCCGCCAGGGAGCUGCUCGAGGCCCGAGAAGAGAUCCCGGCUGAGCUCAUGGGCCCAAUAGUCAAAUUUAUGCUCCUGCAGAUUAAGGAAGCCGACCAGCAACGGAGAAAAGCUGAGCACAUUGCUGCGAUGCCUCCUAAAGCCGCUCCAAAACCAGCCGGCAAAGGCAAAGAUAAGAAGACAGUCGAAGAGCCACCUCCUAAACCCAAAACGAAGCUUAAACGGAGGGAUGAUGUCGAGCCACCCAAGUACAUAAACGACGAGCCGAAGGACGGCCCUCAACACUACGUCCUAAUCCUGGGUUUUCACCAGCCUCAGCUAGUGGGCACGCUGGAUGCUGCCGGCGUGCACGUUGCCAAUGUCAUCAGAUUGAGCGCCACGCAUACGCCUGUUGAGGAGCCCAGUGAGUCAGAUGAGGAAAUCUCAGAGCCCAGCGCGGAUGAAAUUGCCGUUAGAGAGGCGAUGGCUGCGCAGGCAAAGCUGCUAGAUCACUUCUGGGCAGGUCUCAGACAAGUUCUAGACAACGGCGGGGUCAACUCAAGACUUCACGACGUGGCCCACCUAGAAUACGCCGUCCCAGAUUCACUGAUUCCCUAUGAUCCUCAGGAUUAUGAGUCUGUGAUGGCGGUGGGGAGCAAAAUUUUCGAGGACGUGGCUAAUCUCAUCUACGACUGUCUGGACUGGCGCAGGCAGCACCAGCAUUAUUUGGACAGCGUCAACUUCGUUCGUGUGCCCGCUGUGCUCUCGGGGCAGGACAUUAUACAACCUGCUGAGACUGUAACUGCCGUGUCCCCGCGCUCUAAGAAGCCAGGCCGCCCACCCGCUCCAAAGAAGGUGCCGUCGUCUAGCCCGUCUCUCACCACUGACGUGGACAUGAAUCACUACAACGGCCUUUUGGAGAACGUCCCGGCCGAGGCCUGCUCCGUGCCGCUCAUCUUGCACUGCAUGCUGGAGCAGGUCGUGUUCACGAGCGAACAGCCGCAAGCGCCAGACGACUCGGACGCUCAGACUGCUCCCAUUUUGGAUCAUCACGUGGUUGCGCAAAUGCUGCGAGGGGUCCUGCCUCAGGUGGAUGGAGAAGAAGAGAAGAGAGACCUUCUGCAGAGUUUGUUGACGACACUACAGAAUGAAGACAACAAAGAGAUGCUUAAGGAGCAGUUUGACGCAGAGGACAUGCCAAUCGAACAUCCGUCCAUCAUCAGACACCACGACGAAAGGGCGCUGCGGUUUAUUGGCUUAACUAUUCCAGGCUUGGAUCCAGCCCAGGAAGAGGCUUCCAUGAUGAUGCGCUCGCCCGCUUGGAAACUCAUCAACUCAGUAGCUCGGCGGCGUUCCAACACCUUGUGCUGGAUGGCCAUCAAGCAGCAGCUUCAGCGCCAAUGCACCGAUGACGAGGUGUCAUGGCCGCAGGUGGAACGCUUCUUACACCAGAGCGUGUUUGAGAGCAUGCAGCUGACCGGAUUGAAUGAAGACGGCGUUCUGGGAAAAGAUUCUAGGCUGUUGGGCAUGGUGCAACACACAAAAAAACACCCCGUCAACCCCUGGGACAACCCAUUGUCUUUCGCCAAGCAGAAGCUACGUAUCCUGCGCAAGAAAUGGCGGACGUUUUUAGAUGACGGCUCUCGCUCUACCAAGAAAAGCGGCAAUCACCAUGCAAUUGAGCUCGACUUGUCUGACAUUCAGAAUUGCCGACGUAGGUCGCUUUCAGACUGGUGCUAUGUUGAACACUAUGAAGCUUCUGUCUUUGCUCAGGUCCUCCAAUCAGCUUUUCAGCAAUAUCGCUGCCUAGACACACUCAGAGGCAGUCAUAAUAACGUGAUGUACAUUUUCUGCCACAAUCCCAUGAGUUCCCAACGUUCUUGCAAGGAAUUCUGGAAUGUAGCUAUUCACACGGAUGUCAAGUUUAGGAGGUAUUUGGAGCACGUAGCAGGCACCAUUACAGAUUGGAUCGAGAAAGAGGAGAUGAAGAGAGAGUUGUUGGAAAAAGCCAAUACAAAUCCUCCAUCGCAAUGCUGGCCAGAGGAACAGGAAGAGCCAUACAUCACAAAAACCUCACUAAAAGCUAUCAAGCUGGAAGAGGAGCGGUUGAAGGACGAAGAAUCCAAGAAAGGGAAGAAGGGAGGAAAAGAACCGGCCAAGAAGCCGGCGAAGUCACAGCCCCAGGCGCCACCGCCACCACCGCCGCCGACGGAGGACGUGAAAGUGCCAGAGGCCAAAAAAACCAAAUCUAACACCGCAGAAGGGAAGAGUAAACGUACGUCCACAGAUUCCACCACCUCUGACCAGACGCUUUCCAGUACAGAAGACGACGAAGAUGAGGGAUUCACAGGCUUCCAUAUGGAUGGAAUGUUGGUCCAUCUAUCAGGGUGUCUCCACUACCUCUUCACAGCAUCUGGCGGGCACAUUACCAUAGAGACCAUCAGCUUCGUUGAACGUUCCAGCAUGUUGAAGGUGGCUGUGAGAAAGGAUGCUCAUCACUUCUACACACACAUCAAUACAGCGAGAAAUGAAGUUAAAGCUAAUAGUGACAGCACUCCAAAAAAGCCUCCUGAGAUAUCAACGUGCAAGCGGUCCUUCUCGGCCUUGCUGGAUAACGGCGUCCGGCUGUCGUACACUUAUAAAAGACCGCCAGAAAUCUGCAAAGCUACUGUGGUCGCGAGUCCAGAGGAAACGGAGAAAGCACCGCAAGAGUUGGCAAAGGAAGUGGACGCAGAACAGACAGACGACCUGAAAAACGACGCCGAGCCUGCAGAGGAGCAGCGGUGUGAAAGCCCUUUGCCCCUGGGUCCACUCAACAGCCUCAAUCUUUCUCUACCGAAUGGCUUGCUUGUGCAGUUCAUGCGUGAAGACGAAGGGCGGGACAUGCUGGUGCGACUGAGCUUUCACGCUGCAGGGCCCCAGGACCCCUCUUUCGCCAAAGAGGCGUCCCGCACCAUCACCAGCCAGGGCACCGUGAUCCGAUACAUGAAGGACGGCUCCAGCGAAGUGCUUUUUGCCGACGGUACGGUCAGUUCCAGUUCAGACUCCGGCCCGGUGUGGGUGGAGGAAAUAGAGGAUGUCGGCACAGAUGAGCAAAAUCCAGAGAAGCAAGUGACGACGCCCCCUCAAGGGUUUUGGACGACGACCACUCCUUGCGGUAUGUGUUUCAGCACAGUCGCUAACACGCACGAACAAAGCCCUGACUGCACGCUGCUCAUCUACAAGACGUCGGACCCGGCCACGCAAGAGGUGAUGCUGAGCCGGGAAGAUCUGGUGGUGAUGGUGCAGAAACCGGAUGGAGGUAUGAGUGUGGAUCAUGCAGACGGGACAAGGAUCACCACGUUUUACCAAGGAAGGCCAUCAAGCACAGCUGAUGACGUCGUCAAUGGCUGCACUGGAGUAGACGGCCAGUCUCCUGAUGAAUCUGCAGCAAUGAACUCCAAAACACACGAAGUUGGGAGCCCGGCUCACAAAGAGAAAGUCCUGUUGGUGGAGAAUGAGGCUUGCGCCACUGUGUCCAUGUACCCCGAACGACACAUGGCUGAAAUCUGCUUGGCGGAUGGAACGAUUAUCACCGGCAACUACGAAGGAGUUUAUCAGGUGAUCCCAGGCAGCGUCGGCUUCCUGAACAUCCAAAGCGAUGGCAAGUGUGUUUACACCAGUGGCCGCCCAAAGGAUGGCGUCCCUGCUUACAUCAUGAGUCACACUGACAAAGUGGUCUGCGACAUAACGGACCUGGAUGGAAACUAUUUUCAGGUGUUGGAAGAUGGCCAGGUGACAGCGCGCGUUCACCCACCUUCAAACACAGUACGCGACGAAGAAGAGGAUGACAGGGAGAAAGAGAUGAUACUGAGAGAGCAUUGUCCCAGGCUGUUCGUAGUGCACGAGGACGGUUCCGGUACGGAGCUACUUAGUAGACACACUGCGGAGGAGCUGUUGUACAAGGCCAACCUGGACCCUAAUGUGGCUCUUUUGAAAGACCCUUUGCCCGACACACGAGGUGAAUAUGGCAUCACCAUCCUGAAACCUAGCAUCGAAAGCGCUCGGUCCAAAUGGGUCCACGCGAAGCUGGACCGUGACUCCAUACCUCCGAACCGCCAUAACAGUAUCGGUCAUCUUUCACCUGGUUCCGAGAAACCUUCCAGUCCUUUAUUCGGGAGCACUUCAGGGCUCAGCCCGCGAAAGUUCACCGUAGCACGUGUAGCCAUACGCAGCUGUCCUAAAAUCUUGGAAAUUAGGGAACUUUACCAGCAUAGCGUCUUGAGCAAAAAGCUCAGAAACAUGGUGGACAUGCGACUGAAGGAAUAUAUUGAAAGUUUGAUGGUCAAGGCGCAGUGGUCCUCCGACGUGAUGCUUAAGGAUCCUCGCAGUGAAGUGGAGCAAGCCCAAGCUGGGGUGCUGCUCAGUCAGUCUCUGACAGAGGAUGUGCAGGAAGCCGGCACUAUUGCAGAAAGGACCACAGGGGACUUUGGCAGUCUGUACAGCCAAUCCGUGCAUACACCAGUUGAACUGUUUGACAAGUUAGAGGAUCCUAAAAUGACAGACAGCAUCCGCUCUGCCCAGGUUAAACAGUCACAGUGGCCAGACAUACUGGAACAGUACAGAAUGGAACUUUGUGAAGUGAAGGCAUGCGUUGAAGCUCUGAGAAAGCGAUUUAUUGUGCCGUUCUUUCACCCGGAAAACAUCUUAUUACACCAGAAGCCAAUCUUAAGCGUCCAAUCGUCCAUAGAGUCAGACGAUACGGAAGACACGUCCCGGACGGAUGAAGAGUUCAACGGCAUGAGGACGCCACAACCCUCGGCCCCGACACCUUCUCCUACACCACCACGUGUUCCCGGUUCAUUGCCACCCAGUUACAGCAGGAUUGAUGGAAUGACACCUCCAGCUGCAUCAGUGUCCUUACCAGCGCCGAUCAUUCGGACGGAUACCUCCAGGCCUCUAAGUUCGGCCCAGAUGAAUGUCAUCGGGGAGCCCAGGCGGGUGGCAGUCAGACUUCCACCAUCGAUUAUUAGCUCCAAACCCUUCAGUGUGCCCAAUGAUCACUUCCGCUCUGUGGAGGAGCCAGUGCGGCGAAGGUGUCGCACCAUUUCGCUAUGUAACGCAAGUACUAUCAUCAGAGGUUUUGAGCUACGUCCUUCCAGCGUCGACUUCGGCUUGCUGAAGGACGGCACGUCAUCUGCCGUCACCGUGGUCAUGAAGAACAUCGGCGUCGACACCCUCAGGUUCCAUGUGAAACAACCGCCGAUCUCUUCAGGCCUCCGUGUCAAGUACCACCCAGGGCCUGUACCCGCAGGCUUGCAUGUUGAACUAGAUAUCGAGCUGUACGCCAUGUGUGACGCACACGCGGACUACGCGGACCCGGCCAGGUACAUCACCGAGAACAUCGUCAUCCCAACAGAGACCAACAUCAUCUAUUUGCCCGUCAAGGCCACCAUCGUUCCGGCGACCUUGUAUAGCUUUUUUUUAAGCGGUAACCUCAGUUUACAAUGCAGGAGACGUUCCGUAGCACGCAAACAGUCCCGAAGCCUCCCAAUAACCCGGGAAUGUCGACAGAACCUGCCUAGCAUACAAAGGCCCGUUACUGCUGCAGUCAUAGGGCAUCAUAAACGCACUGCUAGUCUGUGAAGAGCACAUCUGUCCUUUCAAAUAAAACAGUGAUCACCACAGUAUGCAUGUUUGUUGUCAUUUGAAUUUAAAGACACACUGGGUAAGUUUCCAAACAGUGUUGAACAUAAUCGUCGCUAUUCAAGGGCGUAGGUUUGCAUAGGGAAGGUAAGGCAGGGUGACUACCCAGAUAGCAAAAUAUAACUGGAGCGGACAUGGGCCAGAUGUCCUGCAAAUUUCGCCCCAAUAUCUUUCUGAAAAAAGGGCCAAACUCAGUAUGGAUUCACUUGCCGCAUCAGCAAACAGUUUUGGGCCAGAACUGGUCCAAAGUAGCAGAAACCACAUUAAUUAAUGGCCCAGAUAUGGCACACGUUUCCCAAUCUGGGCCAGCACUGGGCCAGAUUUGUAUCAAAACCGUUUUCAGUAUGAAAUUUGGGGUCCAUUUUGUUCAAUAUAUCAUACUGUAAUGUGUUUAUAUUGCAUUUGUCUAGUAAGACCAGUAAUGACAGCACUUCUUUUUUAUGCCAUUUAUUAAAGCUAAGAUAUUAACACACCAUAACAUUUUUUUUCCGCAAAUAUUUGAAUUGGAACAAGCAACUUCACAUUAAAGAUGACUCAUUUUUAGACUGUAAAGAACAUACAGGUGUAUGAAAAAGUAUCUGAACCUUUUGAAAUUUCUUACAUUUCUGCAUAAAAUCACCAUUUAAUAUGAUC